AUGUACAACCCAUCGGCAGGCCGCGCGACGGGCUAUGCACCGGAUCAAAUGGAGCUAGACCCGCCGACGAAUGCCGAGGAGUCGGACGCGGUGGAGGUCGAUGACAUUGACAGUCUAGCCGAUUCCACCAUGGACUUUGACGACCGCAUCUCCUCGUACACGAAGUCUAUGACGGAGAGCGUGAAAAACUUCAAGAAAGAAUACGGUCGGCGGUAUCACGCAUACCGAGAAGGAUGGGCCAUCGAGGUUGCCGACGUCUUUCCACACGCACAGGUUAUUGGGAACGACCUCAGUCCGAUUCAACCAGAAUGGGUUCCGCAGAACUGCAAGUUCGAGAUCGACGACGUCGAAAGUGCAUGGUACAUGGAUGCGCCUUUUGACUUCAUCCACGUCCGCUACAUGGCAUGCUCUCUGCGCGACUGGCCGACAUUGGUAGGGAGAGUUUACGAUAAUCUUGAGCCUAACGGCUGGGCCGAGUUCUCCGACAUGAGCGUGCUCUACGCAUGCGACGAUGGCACGUUGACAGAGGAGCAUGCACUCAUGCGGUGGGACCGGCUUUUCAUGCAAGCCUGUGAUAUGCUCGGUCGCGAACACUCCCCAGGCCCGAAAUUGGAGGGCUGGAUAAGACAGGCACCCUUCACUAACGUCAGAUGUCAUCAUUUCAAGAUCCCCCUCGGGCCUUGGCCCAAAGACCUUCAUAUGAAAGACCUCGGCUGGUGUAAUCUGAUUCAGACGCUCGAAGGUCUUGACGCGUUCACGCUGAAGCUCUUCCGAAGUGUUCUCGGGUGGACCGAAGAAGCAGUUCAGAAUCUUCUGGAUGAAGUUCGCCAAGAACUUGAGAAGAAAACUUACCAUGCCUAUCUCAACUACUAUGUGGUGUAUGGACAGAAGCCUUCAUAUUAG